AACUAAAUUUCUGGUCUGUUUUACCUUGUUGACGUCUUUCGCGUGUGAACAAUCAACGAAAUCGUAGUUCUCAAAAUACUUCUUCCUGGAGACUUGUACAUCAUCCCUUGGGUGCUCGUUUUAUUCUAUCCGACCCAAAGAAUAUUAAUCUGGUGCUUAUUUGGACAAACUAUUGGCAGAAAUGUUUAUAUUACGAAUAAAUUAAUGCAGAAAUGAAGACGUAAUUUGAGAACUCGCGUCUAGGGAUUUUUCUAGGGACUGUCGGUAAAGUUUUCGACGCUCGCAUCACCUUAAACAAAGUAAUAUAAUUUUGACAAUUUUUGUUUUUCUUACGCACGGACUUGUAAAUUUGAUGUCAAUAAAAACAUAAAUUUGUAAAAAUAAAAUUGGAAAUGGCUGCUGUGGGUACGUCAUCGUUAUGUAGUACGCUACUUGAUCUAGAAAACAAGACUUGUACGAAUCACGUUUCACACAAAAAAUGUAAAUCUUGCUAUUACAUUUGCCUAGGAGUCUUAGCGCAUACAAUACAUAAGCAAAUUCAAAAUAAAGGUACUCAGAAUAAUGAUUUACAUUUGGUUGGUUCUAAAUACCUAAAAGAUCUGUAUGAAUGGGUAUGUCAGUGCAAGCACAACCAGACAACUACAAAUGAAUUUUUGAUGCCAUUUAUUGCAUCAAUUGCUUUAUUUGCAGUGGGUAUUAAGCUCACUAAUGAGUUAGUUGCCUGGAAAUUAUUUUAAUUUAUUACAUACAGGUUUUAAAAGACACUAACAAAUU